UCUUGAAAUUUCUUCAGUAUUGUUCUAACUCUUGACGAUAGAGUACAUCUCGUUGUGUUUUAAACAUAAUCGUAAUAUUAUUUACGUGUGCUUGUGAUUAUAAUUGUAAUUGUUAAGAGUCGUUAAAUUAUAUGAACUUUUGAUAGCAAGAAUUUUGUAAAAGUUAUAAUGAGAAUGAACAAAAUGGCGUCUUUUCCUUUAUAGUACAACGUAUUUUUACAAUAAAUUAACAAGAAAUGGACACAAAGAUGGAAGAAACAGCUUCAGAGAUGAGGAAAAGGAGUUCGAAAACUGAAAAUGUAGCAGUGGAAUUGACAGAUGUACAGAAGAAAAACGGGGAAAUAAAUGGACAGAUAGUCCACGAGUUUCUGGAGUACAAUCCAAGUGGAUGGUUUGAAGUGACCCUGGACAGAAUGGGCAGCUCCACGGAUGACUUUAUGAAGAAGAAUAGUUCUGCUGUACAGACUAUCUCGCUGUUUAUUUUAAAUGGACUGGUUUUGGGAUUCUUCUUCGGCUGUUUAUAUUAUUGGUUGAAUAUAAGCAAAGAGCCGUUAGAACUGUGCUACGGUUUCGGCAGUCUCAUAGCGUUCCUGAGCAUCAUAUAUUUCUUCAUAAUAUACUUCAUGGUGGUGAAGCGGUUCUUUGGGGAAUGGUUUGAAAGAAUGGUUUGGGACCCCACUGAGCGAGUGCUGACGGAGUUUUGGAAGCAUGUGUGGUUCCGCUUGCUCGUUUUCGUCGUUGUCAUCGGAGCGAUUGCCGUGUUCCUUUACUUCGACACUAGAGACUCUCCAGAAAGACUAAUAUCGUUGUUGGGUCUUGCUUUCUUGCUUCUUAUGGGUUUCCUGUUCUCAGCACACCCAGGACGAAUUAACUACCGCAGUGUGAUUGUCGGUCUGUUAAUACAGUUUAUAUUUGGAGUUCUAUUCAUCAGAUGGGAUACGGGCAGAGCCGCGUUACAAUGUUUCUCUGAUAAGGUAGCAACAUUUCUAUCAUACGGUGUAGAUGGCGCUGCAUUCGUGUUUGGAGACUUACUCGUUAGAACUGAACAAGUGUUCGCUUUUAGUACGCUACCAGUAAUAUUCUUCUUCAGUAUGUUGGUUGAAGUGCUAUUCUUCUGGGGCGCUUUACAAUGGUUCUGUUUAAAACUCGGCCAUUUGUUACGAGCGGCCACUGAUACCACUGUUUGUGAAAGCGUGAUCGCUGUGGGAAAUAUAUUCUUGGGGAUGUCAGAAUCGAUUCUGCUGAUAAAACCAUACCUUCCUUUGCUGACUCCAUCGGAACUACACGUUGUACUGUCGUCUGGUUUUGCGACUGUUUCUGGCACAAUACUAGCCGCCUAUAUAGGUUUCGGUGCAUCUCCCGCGCAUCUUGUGACAGCAAGUGUGAUGUCGGCACCUGCUGCUGUGUGCUAUUCGAAACUAUUGAUGCCUGAAACUAGACGCUCGUUGACACGCGUCGAUAAUAUACAGGAGGUUGAGAAACAGGACCAAUCAGCACUUUCCGCGGCUACACGCGGAGCGACAAACGGAAUAUCUCUAAUACUGAAUAUUGUAGCGAAUCUAGUAGCUUUCGUAGCCGCUAUCGCGUUUAUCAACGGAGUCAUCGGUUAUUGCGGUGCUCUGCUUGGUUUACCGGAUUUGAAUCUAGAGUGGUUGUUGGGGAAGGUCUUUAUACCGCUGUGUUGGAUGAUGGGAGUGCCCUGGGAGGAGUGUGAAUAUGUCGGAUCUUUGAUUGGUCUGAAAACAGUGGUCAAUGAAUUUGUUGCAUACCAGAGAAUGGGAGAAAUGAAGAGAGAUGGAUUGCUAUCUGCGCGAUCUGAACUAAUAGCGACAUACGCUCUAUGUGGCUUCACAAACCCAUCAUCAGCGGGCAUCAUGCUUGGAGCAAUAGCCGCCAUAGCACCGCAACAACGAGAAACGCUAUCCUCUUUGGCGGUCAGAGCGUUUUUCGCGGGCUGUGGUAUUUGUUUUAUGACUGCUUCAAUCGCGGCACUACUUAUGCCGGAAGGUUCAUUUGGUUGA